GCCCUUUUGGCAAUGGCAAAGUAAUUUGACGCGCGACGAUUCCAACAAGUCUUUAUGACAAGGCGAUCUUAUUACAACGGAAGUUCAGUAUGGAACGAAAAGAGCAAAUUACUUGUUACCACAGAGGCAUUUCUAGAAAAGAUGCUUAUAAAUUUUUGCUGGAUGCUGGCAAACCUGGGUCAUUUUUAAUACGAGACAGCGAGUCGUUGGUGAAUACAAAAGUUCUCUCUGUUCUUGUUGACGGCCCAAUGAUGUCAAACUACAAGCUGACCGAGGACCAAGAAACAGGGAAAGUUUCCAUAUGCGUUAGGAGCCUAGAUGGCCAAGAGAAGUGGAUUUCAUUCGAUUUGUUGAAGAAGCUUGUCGAUGGCUGCAAAGAACCAUUCAAAGUUUUAAAGCAACCAUUAACUCUAGAAGUUGCAUUUAAAAUAUGCAAAGAAAAUGAUGACUUUGGUGAAUAUAUUUCCAUGGCUGAUAGAAAAUGUUCUGGAUCUUUUACUCAGGACAAAAGAGCAUCAUGCCAUGAGCCUACAGAUACUCCUAUAACAAAGGCACAAGAUGCAAUGUUUAGCCACAUGGUUUGCUCUGCAUGUGGAGGUAUCCCUGAAGAUGCCGUAGAGACAAGCUGCUGCCACAACGUCUUCUGUGCUGCCUGCUUACAAGCACUGGCCGACCAAGCUUGCUCUUUUUGCAACUCUAACUUCUUAAUAUGCAUUUCCCACGUGACAAGAAGAAUAGUUGGUACUUUGCCAACACAGUGUAGUCAUUCAGGGUGUACUGAGACCAUGCCAAAAAGUAGUAUGAAAGAGCAUAUUGCCAAUUGUCAAUAUAGGCCUAGUCGAUGUUUGUUUAAGGAAUGUAAUGAGGUUUGUUUGCAAAAAGACUUGUCUCAACAUCUUUUCAAAGUCCACGAGGACGAGGUCAUACGCUGCGUUGUGAAAUGCAACGAAAGUGAAGAGCUGGACAGAAUGGCAACAGAGAAGAACGAAAAUGGCGAUGCAUGUCACCGGGGGAAAACUGGGAAAUUCUACUGCGGAAAACCACUAGACGAUCCAGAAUGUUCAUGCAGUGGUGCCCAGUGUGGGCCAGAAACAGGUUGUAAUUGCAAUGCAUGCAUGAAAUUGGAUGUCGUCACGCAGUCCCUUGCGGUAAGGACAUAUGUAAACAGAAUGGGACAUCCUUCAAAACAAAGUACUAAGAACGAAAAUUUUUAUUGUGGCAGAAUGGUACUUAAAGGUACGUCACGAAAGGAUGUAUGCUGUGGGCCUAAAAGAGGCAAGAGCUGCAGUGCAUGUAGGGAGUUGCAAGGGCUAGUCAAAACAAGAUAUGCAGAUGUAUGGCAGUAAACGAAGUAUCUAGAAGAUAUGUAAUAUGAGACGGUGUCUAUUACGUUGCGGUUAAUUUUCCUUUUCUGUGUGUCCAUCUUCGGCACAUAUAACGGAAAGAGAGGGACCUUUUUACAUUUUAAGUAAAUAGCUUCCCCAAGUUCCAAUUAUUUUUUUGUCUUCGAAAGUGAAUUCAAUACGUUUUACUGUUCAUUUCUAUCACCACUUUGUCUAGAAGGCGCUGUAAAGUUCUUCUGAUUGGGCUAUAAACACAGUAUCGGCUGCAUAACGCAAGUUAUUAAAGUAUGUCCAUCCACGAUGAAUCCUUCCAUGCCCUCUAGCUCCCUCAGAGAAACAUAUCCCUUAGUGUUAGCGAUUGUAUUUUAAAGAAACCUUUGUAUUAUAGUAAAUUGUUAUACAACUAGUUUCAUCUGUCGUGCGUCGUGUUUGUGGUUCGUUAUCGUUAAUAAUCGUUAAUAAAAAUGUUUUUGGAUGUUUACGUCAGUCCAGUUUUUUUGUCAUCGCGUCAUCGCGGUUUUUGCUGUUAUUAGUCCAUUUGCCGUAAUUUGUGUCAUUAAGGCUUGUGUGCGUCAUGUGGUUAAAAGCAUAUGUUUUUCAUUGUAAGUCCAGUCGAGCAAAGUUGCCGUUUUAGUUGCUGGAAAUUGUGUCUCUUUGUGAAGUUGCUGUUACAGAAGUUGUCAUUGGAUAGGUUUUGCUAGUUGUAUAUAGUCGAGAGAAAUAACUCUUGUUAUCAAUUAAGUCAUUUUUACGUUGCUGUAUCAUUUAUACUGAUCGACAAAGAAAACUAUAAAAUCAGA